UCAGAGAACAGCUGAGAAGCAGAACGUGGUGGCCAGUCCGCCAGGCAGCACACCCUGGUUUUAUAUUUACUUUAUACACUCGACUCCUUCCCUCAUUACAGGCUCAUGGUUCCAGCUGCAUUCAUUCUAUAAUUCAAAUGAUGCAUUGCCCUUGCUCACUCUGCCCUUCAUCACUUCCCUGCUGCUGCUGAUCUACUAGCCAGGAGUGUUCCUUCCGCGAGGCCCAUGGGGAUCAGCACGGCACCCCUGAAGGCCCCAGUGUUAUCUAGGACCAGAGGGGUGACUCCCUUAUAAUCUCCAUCAGUGCCGCUAUCGUUCCUGCCUCCAUCAAGUCAGUGCCUGUUCAAGUCUCCUCACGCUACCCAGUUCACGGCACCUCACAGCCGGCCGCCACUUCGAACAUGGUGCCACUGUGCUGAAUCAACAUGGGGUUCAAGAGGGUGUCGCCGGUGGUUCGCGUGGGAGGGCGUGGGUGGCUUCGAUUGGACGCCCGUCACGCUGCCCUCACAGCUGCACUUUGCUCCACGACAACAUCCGUGGUGGUGGCGGCGCUGUGUGGGUGGCAGCUGGUGGUGAAUGGACGGCACCCACACCACUUUCAGGAUGUUUAUUACGGUGUGCAGAUCGCUUACCUGGCCACCCUGUGCACACACCUGGCCCUCAUCUUCCUCAGCUGCUUCCUCAUCGUGGGUAUAUAUCAGGAGCGGGCUGGGCUGGUAUCGCCGUGGGUGUUGGCGACCAUUACUUUCAUGGCGCUGGAGGCUGUGUGUUGUGUGUACUCCAACGUGCUACGGGACCACAUCAACAAGAGAUUUGACACGAUAUGCAAGGUGGAAAUGAGCUUCCUCGUUGCACGACUCUUGAUAAACAUUCUGAACCUGUGCGGGGUUCUCAAGUUCUACAGGAACCUUCGUGCUGGCUAUACCUACAGGGACCCAGAAGCCAUUGAGUUGUAGAGGACGAGGCGCUAAGCUAUCGAGGUCCAGAGAGAGGUGUCAGGUUCUCAGUGUGAUGUACAACCUCUUAACUGUCGCCUCUUAGGAACGGGAACACUGUCUACUGCAGUACCAAAGACUGAUGUGAACACACGCGCCAAACUUCAUUUACUUCUCUUUGUGUGGACUUUGCAGGUGUACAUUUAAGUUAACGACACAUAAAACAGUUUCCUCUCUUAUUCUUAGUGAUACAAAAAGCACAAAGCAAAGAAAAUAUGUAAGAAACUUACUUCAUAAGGAAAAAUAUUACAACCAAGUAUUAAAGCAAAUAGGAAGUACAUUUGCAAAUAAAAAUAAACAAAUUAAAUAAAGAGAAUAAAAAUAUCCCAGUCUUGAAAAUAUUACCCUGCAAAAAAUGAUUAAGUUCACGAAUACAAAACACAAAUUGUAAACAUAAAAAGUUGUGAGUUUAUUAUUAAUAAAGAAUUGUGGAAAAAAGUAAAAACAGAUGACCACACACACA